AUGACAGGGCCAGCCUUGGAGUAUCAACCGCUUGGCGCACGCCAGCCUGUUUGGCUCAGUGCGGUCAUGGCACCGGUCCUGUCGCCCCAGGCAGGCGAAGGAGGCAGCAUUUUCGAGUCAGACGGCGGCAAGCUGAAGUUGAAAGGCGGUGCCUUUGCAGUGGCCGCAGCAGCAGCGGCCGCCGGGCGGGUCACGCGAAAAGUCGGCCGCAGGAAAUCAGCUCAGCACUUGCUGACAAAGCAGGGCUUUCCGACAAAGGAGGCGCCGGCCGCUCGGCUGCAGCGCCGCAUCGAAGGCCUGCUGAUGACAGCGGGGGACGGCGUGCUGCAGUCCAAGGCGGUGUUGAGGGCGCUUGCCUUGAAGCGCACACAUGCGCUGAAUCGCUGGUUCCCCAGAGUGGGGCUCCGCAUCUCGCCCAACGGUGACCUUUGGGUCGAUUCUUUCAGGUUGUUCCAGUUUCGGCUGUACCGCGCGCUAGCUGCAUGCUGUUUCAUCAUGGACAGGGGCGGCAAGGUUUCCAUGGAGGAGCUUAUGGAGCACCUCUACAGGCCCCCAGAGCUGCUGCAAGAUGAGGAGUACGAGUUGACGGAAGAGGGCCGAGCCGCCUCUUACGAGGCAGGCCUCGCACCCAGCCCGGAGGUGGAGGACUGGCGGCUGGAAGCCCGAGAUAGGCACUGGAAGGGAUCGAAAGAGCAACUCCCAGCCCUGCCACCUCCGCAAGAGACCUUUGACUUUGGCGAAGAUACCGAGUUGAUGGAGGAAGCCCUCUACAUCGAGGAAGAUGUGAACCGUGUGGCGCUUUCAACGGAGGCCGUGAAGUUCGAAGUGGUCUUAGCGGAGAAGCAAGUGGAGCCCCCGCUCUGGCUGGAGGCUUGGAUACGGGAGUACUUUGUGGUGGAAGACGACGCCGUCUUCCUGCCCUUCUUGGCUCCAUGGCGCCCGCCCCCAGUCAAAGACCCAGACGCCCCCUCGAAGACGCCCAACCACUGGCCCAUCAUCGAGCAGGAGGCUCUGCUGAUGAACGUCCAGGAGGAGAGCUACGUUUACGGUAUGGGCGUGUACACAUGCAAUGCCUGGGGCCUCUCUUUCAGGGCGCCCGUAGAUCUUGGCUGA